AUGCUAAGAAUGAAGAAGAGAUCUUCCAAAGAAGGGAGCAACCGUCAGCAGGGAGCUACUGAGGACUGGAGCAUCGAGUCCGAUGAUUGGACCAGCUCGGAGAGUGAGCCAGAGCAGCUAGGCAUGCGAAAUCCCAACCACCCCCAAUGGCAAGAACGAGGACUGCCCCCCAAGCCCCACCGGCAGCUCUGCCGCUCCCCUUGCCUAGACCAGCCCAGCUUCUCUCAGAGCGGCACCCUGAAGGACCCCAAGCUCAAAGACAAGCCCCCCAUGAACAAGGAGUACCAGGCCAAAAUGGACUUUGCUUUAAAACUGGGCUAUGCUGGGGACCAGAUUCAUACGGUUCUGAGCAAACUGGGCUCGGAUGCCCUCAUCAAUGACAUACUGGCUGAACUUGUAAGACUAGGGAAUAAGAGCGAGGAAGAAGGGCAGAAGAGCGGAGGAGCAGAACACAGCCAUGGUGCCAGGGACGUGGCCAGCCCGGAGUUGUCCCUAGAAGAUGAGGUCACAGACACCACCGAGAACUUGAGACCUGUUGUCAUAGAUGGAAGCAAUGUAGCCAUGAGCCAUGGGAACAAAGAAGGCUUCUCCUGCAGAGGAAUACAGUUAGCCGUAGACUGGUUUCUGGAGAAAGGACAUAAAGAUAUUACGGUAUUUGUGCCUGCCUGGCGGAAGGAGCAGUCUCGCCCUGAUGCGCCGAUUACAGAUCAAGAAAUCUUACGGAAACUGGAGAAAGAAAAGAUUCUCGUCUUCACCCCGUCGCGCAGAGUGCAAGGCAGGAGGGUGGUCUGCUAUGAUGACCGCUUCAUCGUCAAGCUGGCUUUCGACUCUGAUGGCAUCAUCGUGUCCAAUGAUAACUACCGAGAUCUGCAGAACGAGAAGCCCGAGUGGAAGAAAUUCAUCGAAGAGAGGCUUCUCAUGUUUUCGUUUGUCAAUGACAAGUUUAUGCCUCCUGAUGACCCCUUAGGGCGCCAUGGCCCAAGUCUGGAAAAUUUCCUAAGAAAGAAACCUGUGAUUCCUGAACAUAAGAAGCAGCCGUGCCCUUACGGCAAAAAGUGCACAUACGGACACAAGUGUAAAUACUACCACCCAGAGCGAGCCAACCAGCCACAGCGAUCUGUCGCCGAUGAGCUCCGCAUCAGUGCCAAACUGUCAGCUAUCAAAACCAUGAGUGAGGGAGCAUUGGCCAAGGGCGCCACCGCUGCCCCGGCACCAGCUUCCAAGAGCGAACCCAGCUCCGAAGGGAAACGGGUUGCGCCCAAGCGCCAAUCGGACCCCAGCAUCCGGUCUGUGGCCGUGGAAACCGAAGAGAGGCUGCCUAUCAUUCGUAAACCUGAAACCAACUCGGCCCCCUCCCUGGUGACGGCCCUGAGCGUCCCCACGCUCCCCCCUUCCAAAAGCCAUGCGGCAGGUGCCCUGAAUACCCGCUCUGCAAGCAGCCCAGUGCCUGGUUCCUCCCAGUUCGCCCAUCAGAAAUCUUCCUUGGAACACACAGCCAGUAUGCAAUACCCACCCAUCCUGGUCACCAACAGCCAUGGCACCUCUGUCAGCUAUGCCGAGCAGUACCCAAAGUAUGAGUCUUUGGGGGACCAUGGCUACUACUCUUUGAUGAGUGACUUCUCCAACAUAAGCAUCAACAGCACUCGAGGUGCAGACUACUAUGGGGCUGAGCCAGAUCGUCACGGGCGUGGCAUGUACUCUCGCAAUCCCAGCCCCUGCCAGGACAAACACAUGAGCCAUACAAGCAGUGACCCUUAUUCCUCAUACAGUGAUUUGUAUUUGGGUGUAGUGGAUACUGGUCAGGAAGAAGCUAUGAAGGUAAACCGAUCGUGCUCACAAAACCAUCUCCAGCCUUUUUCACAUGGUUACCAUGAAGCCUUAACAAGAGUACAUAGUUAUGGUCCAGAUGAGGCCAAGCAGGCUCCCCACAAACAUCCAGUGCCCCGUUUAGUGCUGCAUGGCCAGCACCCCGUAGUGGGAGCCCGAUCUAGUUGUCCCGGAGAUUAUCCCGUGCCUCAGAGCAUCCACCCCCCCGGCACAGCCCCACCAGGCCGAGCACUGGUCAUGACACGGAUGGACAGCGUUUCUGACUCCCGCCUCUACGAUGGCAACCCGAUGAGGCAGAGGCGACCACCCCUGUGCCGCGAACAGCAUGCCAGCUGGGACCCUCUGCCCUAUCCUGCUGCUGCCGACUCCUUUGGUUAUCACUCUUACCCCUUGAGCACCAAUCUCAUGCAGCCUUGUUAUGAGCCGGUCAUGGUAAGGAGCAUGCCUGAAAAAAUGGAGCAGAUCUGGCGGAAUCCCUGGGUUGGGAUAUGCAGCCAGCCAAGAGAGCAUCAUCACGUGAUCCCUGAACACCAGUACCAGACCUAUAAGAACCUCUGCAAUAUCUUCCCAGUUGGCAUUGUCCUCUCGGUAAUGGAGAAGAAUCCUCACAUGACUGAUGCUCAGCAGCUGGCAGCCAUGAUUGUGGCCAAGUUGAGAUCGGGACGCUAA